UACUCCUACCUACAUUGAGCUCACUGCAGCUAGACUGAGCUCGAAUCUCCGUAAUCGUUCCCGAUGACAUAUUAGCGUCCAACUGAACUAUUGUUUUAUGAGUACACACUACCUAAAAAUCUGCUUUUAGCCCUGCUACAGAUUACCUCGAGAAGCUGGACUGCUACAGUAGCCAGCUAGUUCAAACAACGACGACGUUACAGCUAAGCUAAAGUUAAAGGAAUCUCUUGUGUUUUUAAAUCGACCUUUGCUAAUUGAGUGGCUACCUUUCGUUGUCUCUCAUACUAUUUGUCACUUUGUUGUCAGUAUGGGGUUUAAUAAAACGUACUUAAGUAUCGGAUAUGCCUCUUGUGGCAUGUUUAUGGGAUUCUCCGCGUUUCUUGUAUGGAACAUCGCGUUUAAACAACCAUGGACAGCGGCAAUGGGAGGACUAUCAGGUGUACUUGCACUCUGGACUCUUAUCACCCACAUCAUGUACCUGCAGGACUACUGGCGCACCUGGCUGAAGGGACUCAAGUUCUUUCUCUUUAUCGGAGUCGUCUUCUCCCUGCUGGCUGUUGUGGCCUUCAUCACCUUUCUCUGCCUCGCCGUCACACGCAAAGAGUCCCUGACCAACCCCCAGAGCCUGUACCUGUCCUGUGUGUGGAGCCUCAUGACUCUCAAGUGGUCUGUCCUGCUAAGCUUACACUCACACCGCUACCGCAAAGAGUUUGCCGACAUCAGCAUCCUCAGUGAUUUCUAACGACCUUUGACCUCGAACGACCCUUUUCCCUAUCUCUAGUCUCUAGACCCAGGUCCACGGAAGACAGGGUU